AUGGCUUCUGGACCAGAAGAUGAUCUCUCCUGCCCCGUCUGUUAUGAUAUCUUUAAGGAUCCUGUUAUGCUGACAUGUGGCCACAGCUUCUGUAAAGUCUGUCUGCAGGGAUGGUGGAGAGCAAAACAAGAACAGGAGUGUCCAAUGUGUAAUGCUGUAUCUGGAAGUAACAACCCACCUCGUAACUUGGCAUUAAAAAACCUUUGUGAGGCCUUCUUAAUGGAGAGAGAUAAGAGAGCUUCAGCAGGGUCUGAGCCUGUCUGCAGUCUGCACUCUGAGAAACUUAAACUCUUCUGUCUGGAUCAUCAUCAGCCAGUGUGUGUUUUUUGUCUGGAAUCAAAAGCACACAAAAAACACAAAUUCAGACCCAUCAAUGAAGCUGCAAAGGAUCACAAAGAGAAGCUCCAGAAAUCCCUGAAGCCCUUACAGGAUAAACUGAAAGUCUUUAAAGAAAUUAAAGGAAAAUGUGAUCGAGCAGCAAAACACAUUAAGGUCCAGGCCAGAGACACAGAGAGUCAGAUUAAGGAGCAGUUUAAGAAGCUUCACCAGUUUCUACAAGAGGAAGAGGAGGCCAUGAUCUCUGCUCUGAGGGAGGAAGAGGAGCAGAAGACAAAGAUGAUGAAGGGGAAGAUUGAGGGUCUGAUCAGAGAUAUAAUAGCUCUUUCAGACACAAUCAAAGUCACAGAGGAGAAACUGAGAGCUGAAGACGUUUCAUUCCUGCAGAACUACAAGGCUACAGUGAAAAUAGUCCAGCACCGCCUCCUGCUGGAUUAUCCAGAGCUGGUCUCAGGAGCUCUGAUAGAUGUGGCCAAACACCUGGGCAACCUGACCUACAACAUCUGGAAUAACAUGAAGGAGGUGGUCUCCUACACUCCUGUGAUUCUGGAUCCAAACACUGCUCAUCCAGAACUGAUCCUGUCUGAAGAUCUGACCAGUGUGAGACAUGGUGAGAGACAGGAGCUUCCUAAAAACCCAGAAAGGUUUGAUUCCCAUAUGUUUGUCUUGGGCUCUCGGGGCUUUAACUCAGGGAGUCACAUAUGGGAUGUUGAAGUUGGAAACAGUACAGCUUGGUUCAUUGGUGUGGCAGCAGAGUCUGUCCGAAGAAAGGCACCCAUACAAGAUAUAAAAGAGUGCAUCAUGUCUGGAUUAUGGGCAGUACUGCUCAGUAAAGGUAAAUAUGGAGCAUUUUCCCCACUGCAUCCCUCCACUGAUCUCUCAGUGAAGAAGAAGCUGCAGAGGAUCAGAGUCCAUCUGGACUACAACAAAGGAAAACUGUCAUUCUCUGAUCCUGAUACUAACACACACAUACACACUUUCACACACACCUUCACUGAGAGACUGUUUCCAUUCAUUACUGCUUUGGAUGAACUCUCACUGAAGAUAUUACCCAUGACUGUGGGAUAUACUCCUGAUGAGUCGGCGAGUGGUGUCCUGUGGGAUCUGCUCCUGGACCUUGGGGCAUCGGUGAUCUCUUAG